AUUGGUAGUGACUUGUAACGACAGUAUGAUAUUUUGAAGAUUCCCUCCAUGUUUAAAUAUUAGAAAAAAAUAAAUCUUUCCUUGGUCACUGAAUUGUCCAAAUUCAUUUGAUGGAAGCCACCAUGGCGGUGCUCUCCUUCCUGUCCUGUGUCGCUCUGUGCAUUGUUCAAUGCGUCGGAUCCUCUGCCUCCUCCAGCGCCGCCCUUCCAGCCACUGAGCCACCCAUGAUCCACGGCCACCCCUUCGUAGCGAUAUGGAACGCUCCCACGGAGCAAUGUGCACAACUUGACAUCCCACUGGACACGGCGGCCUUCCAGGCCGUGACCACCACUGCUGCCAUCCCGGGUCAGUUCCUCACCAUCUUCUACGAGGACCGCCUCGGCUUUUACCCCAAAGUGGACACUUCAAAGCGGCAGCUCUACAGUGGUGGCAUACCCCAAACUGGCAACCUGACGGAGCAUCUGGCCAAGGCGCGAGGUCAGAUCGAUCAUUACAUCUCCCAGGAUUCCUCUCCUGGGCUGGCGGUCAUCGACUGGGAGUCCUGGCGCCCCCUGUGGGAGCAGAACUGGGGAUCCAAACAAAUUUAUCAGAAGCUGUCUGUUGCCCACGCCGUGCUGAUGGCCCCAUUUCUGUCAUCAAAGCAGAUUUCCACACUGGCUAAAAGGCAGUUCCAGCAGGCUGGGCGGCGCUUCAUGGAGAGAACCAUCAGCCUGGGCGUUCGUGAGCGACCCAGUCGCCGCUGGGGCUUCUACCUGUUUCCUGACUGCCACAACUACAACUAUGACGAGUCCAGCUACACUGGCAGGUGCUCCAAGAAGACCCAGAAGAAGAAUGAUCAGCUGCUGUGGCUGUGGCAGCGCAGUACCGCCCUCUUCCCGUCCAUCUAUCUGCCCCUCAGUCUGAAGAACUCCGCCCAGGCAGCCAUGUUUGUCCGCAACCGAGUCCAGGAGGCGCUGAGGGUGGCGGCGCUGGCUAAACGCCCCUACACGGUGCCCAUCUACGCCUACGCAAGGCCCAUGUAUCGCAUCCAGACCCAGAAGUUCCUGAGUCAGAAAGACUUGGUCAGCACGGUUGGAGAGUCUGCCGCUCUUGGAGCUUCUGGGGUCGUGAUGUGGGGAAGCGUCAAAGACUACAGCAGCAAGGCCGACUGCCAGGCUCUGUCCGACUACCUGACGACCACCUUCAGCCCGUACGUGGCCAACGUGACGGCGGCCGCCAUGCUUUGCGGCGAGCUGCUGUGCCAGAAGAAGGGCCGCUGUGUGAGGAAGCGCUUCGACUCCUCCGCCUACCUGCACCUCAACGCCACCCACUUCCACAUCCUGCGGGCCAACGGGCGGUACGCGGCCGUGGGUCAGCCGUCCAGCGCCGAUCUGGAGGACUGGGGCCAGAAGUUCACCUGCCAGUGCUACGCCGGGCAGCGCUGCUCGGCCCGACUGCUGCAGCCGGACUCCAUCAGGGUCAUCUGGGUCUAGAUCCUGGCCGAGUCUCCCGGAGCCGGACUCCUCCCAGCUGCUUCCUGUCUGCAAUCCUCACCUUCCAUGACCAAUAGUUUCAUCUCAUGUUGCUGAAAUAAAUGCUUUUUGACUGCAAGA